AUGAACAAGCGAAAGCGAGGGGAAAGCAGACGUGCCCCCUUGGCCUGUGAAACUUGUCGAAAGCAGAAAGAGAAGUGCGAAGGUGGACCGCCCUGCUGGAGAUGCCAGCGUCUAGGUCGACCAUGUCAUUUUCAAGGCCAGCCGACUCCCACAGAGACACCUUCCAUCUCCAUUCCAAUCACGACCCCUUCUGGAGAUCAGAACCGCAUCAAGAACCUGGAAUAUAUUGCACGCCAUUUUCUUGGCGAUUUGUCUUUGGACGAUGCCAACUUAACUCAGAUUGUCAACAGGUUGCAAAAUUCAAGGACGGAAAGCGCUCGGACGGAGGCUGCAUUGGAUAUCAACGAGUCAUUUGACGUUCAUUUCGUGUCCAAGGAUAUCGCGCAUUAUUCGGGAGAGUUCUCACACUGGAAUUUCUCUCAGAAGCUGAGACGCAAGAUGAAUGGUCAGGUUGAUCCCCUGGCUGCACAGGUGACAGAAUACUGGCGACCAACCCAACUUCAGUCAUCACCCCAAACUCUUGUCGAAUCAAUAACGCAGCUACCCCCGAGACCGAUUGCUGACUUCCUCAUUAACCUGUUCUUCAAAUACGUCGAGAUCAACUCUUUCUACAUGGAGCGCGAGUGGAUUGAGGAGAAGAUAGAUAUUUGUUACAACCCGAACACAAUUUACGCGGCUAGCGACUUUCCGUGGGUGUGUUCAGUCUUUGCUACUCUGGCCAUCGGGACCCAGGUGGCACACAUGGAAGAGGAUUUACCAAAGACAGACGCGAAGUUAACCGACGAGCUCAGACUGUGCUCCGAGGACUCGGUCGGAUUAGUCUUCUACCACGUGGCCUGCAGGCUUAUCCCAGAUGUUCUCUUGGUAGCAUCUCACGAGAGUGUGCAGGUAUUUUUGCUUCUGGCGACUUACUGUCUCCCUGUUUCCACCGGUGGACUGGCUUACACUUAUUAUGGCCUGGCGAUGAAAAUGGCGAUUCAGAAUGGCAUGCAUCGGCAAUAUACAGAUGGUGACUGCGAUUCAAAAACACUCGAAACAAGAAACCGUCUAUUUUGGACGGCAUAUUCUGUUGAGAAGUAUGUCAGUAUAAUGCAUGGACGUCCCAUAUCAAUCGCAAAGUCCGACAUCAACGCAGAUAUGCCAACAGCUUGCUCUACAUUCAGCUCGCCGCGAUUUAGUAAUAUGAUGGCAUUCCAUACUUUAAUAUUUUACCUAGGAGAAGUUUCAGAUACGCUUACACAAUUCAAAAAGUGUCCCAAAAGGCUUCUGUCCGAAUAUUCUGAUCGGCUCUUGCGGCUGAGAACUCAGAUCAAGCAAUGGUGGGACACUCUACCUGCAACCGAAGAAUGCCGUGACCUCUGCUCUCAAGGCCCACUGUUUCGACAAAACCUUCAUUUGAAAUUAUGCUACCUUCUUAUAUAUAUCUAUAUGGGUCGGCCAUUCAUUUUCAUUGACGAUAGAGCAGAUGCUGAACAGGAUCUGACUGCAACCGCAGAUCCUGAUUCAUGUCGAUCACGUCGAUCAAUCUUAGUUGACGACUGUGUGGCUAGUGCGUUGGAUAUUCUCAACACUCUGCAGUCACUAUCAGAUCAUGUUGGUUUGUGUCGCGCUUCCUACAACGAGUUUGGCGCGUGCAGAGCAGCCCUACUUGUGAUCCUUGCCGAGAGCCUCAAUUCUGGGAAGUCACAAAGACUCCAGGACGGGCUUCAUCGUGGAAUGAGCCUCAUUCGCCAGAUGAUCGGUGGUAGCUCAACACAAUCCGAGAUCUCUUAUAUCGAAUCAAUCGAAGCAGCCGUCAGUCAAUAUCUAGCUACCCCCGAACGCGACAACGCUGUUCAGCCGGACUCUGGCCAAAGUCCCACCUCUGCAUAUUCGAAGUUCAAGAGCUGGACACAAACACUCAAAAAGGAUCAAUCUACCACUGAAAACCGAGAUCUGGCUUCAUUCAGCCCCUUGUCACAUCUGACACCCGGGACAGAUGGUCUUACGAAUCCUCAGCUCGAUGACAUGACUGGUUUCUUCAAUCCGGAGUGGUCAAAUGGAAACAUUGAAUUUGACUCAAAUAUUCUCUCGUUACUAUCUGAGUGA